CAAGGAAACCAGUCAACGCCGCGGUGAUGAAACAGAAAACUGAGGUUUACAUAAGCCGUAUCGUCGUUAUUUAGUGAUCGUCAUCUUCUCUCGCAUUCGGCUUUGCCUCCCGCACACUUUCGCCCCGGACCCAGCGCUCGAUAAUGGUCUUUGUGAAUGCAAAAAGUUCGCCUGCGAAUCCUGCAUCAAGGGCCACCGCUCGUCCUCGUGCCAUCAUACCAGCGCCCGCUCUUUGAGAAUCAGAAGAAAGGCCGCCCCGUGUCGCAGUGCGAGAAAUGUCGGGAACUGCGCCAGUCGCGCCGGGUGCAUUCGAAAUGCAACUGCCCGCAGGGGAACAGCCCUCUCGCGGUCUGCUGCUGCCUUCGUCCUCAGCCAAUCCCGGAGAUAAUUCCGUCGCUCGGCACUCCCCAACGGAUUGCGGGAUGCUCUGCGGUCCGAACCCACUCCCGGACUUCUAAUUCCGGCAGCGAGGUG